GGACCAUGGCCCAAGUGGCAAUGUCCUCACUGCCCGUUGAAGAUGAAGAGUCCUCAGAGAGUCGGAUGGUGGUGACGUUCCUCAUGUCUGCACUGGAGUCCAUGUGUAAGGAGCUGGCCAAGUCCAAAGCGGAAGUGGCCUGCAUGGCCGUGUAUGAGACUGAUGUGUUUGUGGUGGGGACCGAGAGGGGACGGGCCUUCGUCAACGCCAGGAAGGACUUCCAGAAGGACUUUGUAAAAUACUGCGUUGAGGAAGAGGAGAAGGCGGCCGAGAUGCAUAAGAUGAAGGUGGCUGGCCAGGGAAGCCGGAUGAGCGUGGAUGCUGUGGAAAUUGAAACUCUCAGAAAAACAGUUGAGGACUAUUUCUGCUUUUGCUAUGGGAAAGCGUUAGGCAAGUCCACCGUGGUCCCUGUCCCCUACGAGAAGAUGCUGCGGGACCAGUCUGCUGUGGUGGUGCAGGGGCUCCCCGAGGGGGUGACCUUCCAGCACCCCGAGAACUACGAUCUGGCCACCCUCAAAUGGAUUUUGGAGAACAAAGCAGGGAUCUCGUUCAUCAUUAAGAGGCCUUUCCUAGAGCCGAAGAAACACCUAGGUGGUCGUGUGAUGGUGCCAGACGUGGAAAGGUCGAUUCUGUCUCCGGGCGGCAGCUGUGGCCCCAUCAAGGUGAAAACGGAGCCCACAGAAGACUCUGGAAUCUCCCUGGAGAUGGCCGCCGUUACAGUGAAGGAGGAGUCUGAAGAUCCUGACUACUACCAGUACAAUCUGCAAGCAGGCCCCUCCGAGACGCCCGAGCUGGACGAGAAGCUCCCCCUUGCCAAGCCUCUGCCAGGCAGCCACCAUUCCUCCGAGGGCACCGAAGGAGCGGAGGUGGAAGCGCCUGCAGAAGAUUCUACUCAACAUGUCCCUUCAGAAACAAGUGAGGACCCUGAAGUUGAGGUGACUAUUGAAGAUGACGACUAUUCCCCACCCACCAAGAGACCAAAGAGCAGUGAGCCGCCGCCGCCGCCUGUGACCGAGCCGAUCAAUGCUGGCAAGCGGAAGGUGCGCGAGUUCAACUUCGAGAAAUGGAAUGCCCGAAUUACUGACCUACGUAAACAAGUUGAAGAGUUGUUUGAGAGAAAAUAUGCUCAAGCUAUAAAAGCCAAAGGUCCUGUGACGAUUCCAUACCCUCUUUUCCAGUCCCACGUUGAAGACCUUUAUGUAGAAGGCCUUCCUGAGGGGAUUCCUUUCAGAAGGCCGUCCACCUACGGGAUCCCCCGCCUCGAGAGGAUCCUGCUCGCAAAGGAGAGGAUUCGUUUCGUGAUUAAGAAACAUGAGCUGCUCAACUCAACUCGGGAAGACCUGCAGCUGGACAAGCCUGCGUCGGGAGUCAAGGAGGAGUGGUACGCCAGAAUCACCAAGUUGCGCAAGAUGGUGGACCAGCUGUUCUGCAAGAAGUUUGCGGAGGCCUUGGGCAGCGGCGAGGCCAAGGCAGUGCCCUACCAAAAAUUUGAGGCCCAUCCGAACGACCUGUAUGUGGAGGGGCUCCCUGAGAACAUCCCCUUCCGGAGCCCCUCCUGGUACGGGAUCCCCCGGCUGGAGAAGAUCAUUCAAGUCGGCAACCGGAUCAAGUUUGUGAUUAAAAGACCAGAACUCCUGACUCACAGCACAACUGAAGUUACUCAACCAAGAACAAAUACACCAGUCAAGGAAGACUGGAAUGUGAGAAUCACCAAGCUUCGGAAGCAAGUGGAAGAGAUCUUUAACUUGAAAUUUGCCCAGGCCCUUGGGCUCACGGAGGCUGUGAAGGUGCCGUACCCUGUGUUUGAGUCCAAUCCCGAGUUCCUAUAUGUGGAGGGCCUGCCAGAAGGGAUCCCCUUCCGAAGCCCCACCUGGUUUGGGAUCCCACGCCUAGAGCGGAUCGUGCGUGGGAGCAACAAAAUCAAGUUUGUGGUGAAAAAGCCAGAGCUAGUUGUGUCCUACCUGCCUCCAGGAAUGGCCACCAAGAUAAACACUAAAGCACUGCAGUCCCCUAAAAGACCACGCAGCCCCGGGAGUAACGCGAAGGUUCCUGAGAUCGAGGUGACAGUGGAAGGCCCCAAUAACAACAGUCCUCAGACCUCUGCCGUGCGGACCCCGACCCAGACCAAUGGCUCCAAUGUUCCCUUCAAGCCCCGAGGCAGAGAAUUUUCCUUUGAGGCUUGGAAUGCCAAAAUUACCGACCUGAAGCAGAAAGUUGAAAAUCUUUUCAAUGAAAAAUGUGGGGAGGCGCUUGGUCUGAAGCAGGCGGUGAAGGUCCCCUUCGCGCUCUUCGAGUCCUUCCCAGAGGACUUCUAUGUGGAGGGCCUGCCUGAGGGGGUGCCUUUCCGCAGACCUUCCACCUUCGGCAUUCCCCGGCUGGAGAAGAUCCUGCGCAACAAGGCCAAGAUCAAGUUCAUCAUCAAGAAGCCUGAGAUGUUCGAGACAGCCAUCAAGGAGAGCACAUCAUCCAAGAGCCCACCCCGGAAAAUCAAUUCAUCGCCCAGUGUGAAUACUACUGCCUCCGGCGUGGAAGACCUGAACAUCAUCCAGGUGACCAUUCCAGAUGAUGACAGCGAGCGGCUGUCCAAGGUGGAGAAGGCCCGGCAGCUGCGCGAGCAGGUCAAUGACCUCUUCAGCCGCAAGUUUGGUGAAGCCAUUGGCAUGGGCUUCCCGGUGAAGGUGCCCUACAGGAAGAUCACCAUCAACCCCGGCUGUGUGGUGGUGGACGGUAUGCCUCCUGGCGUGUCCUUCAAAGCCCCCAGCUACCUGGAGAUCAGCUCCAUGAGACGGAUCUUAGACUCGGCCGAGUUCAUCAAGUUCACGGUCAUUAGGCCAUUCCCAGGACUGGUGAUUAAUAACCAGCUGGUGGAUCAGAAUGAGGCGGAGGGCCCCGUGACCCAAGAGUCAGCCGAGCAGAGUCAGUUGGAAGCUCCUGUGGCGGAAGAAAUGAAAGAGGCAGAUGGAAGCUCCCAGAUCAAGCAGGAGCCUGACCCCACGUGGUAGGCUGCUCCCCACGGGCCAGCCGCCGGCGUGGGAGCGGAGCAGAGCGGAGCGGCCAUGCCCCGAGCUGUGUACAGUACUUGUAUAACAGAAUUCCUUCUAUACAAACCUUCUUUUCUACUUUUAGAUAGAAAUGUCUACUUUUUCAGCCGUUCUGUGAAUUGCAGCGCGGCGGCCAGCGGGUGGCGCUGUGGGGCGUGGGCCUCCUCCCGGGCCCAGCGGCUCUUUAGUUUUUCUAUUGGAAAAAUCGUUCCUGAGUGGACAGCCUGCGUCACGGCAUGGACUGGCCUCUCCCGAGCCACCCCUGUGGUCUGUGGUUUUGUCACAAUUGCGAGCGGCGGCGGCAGCGCCUUUGCCCGCUCCUUGGCGGCCGCCCUGCCCCAGCCUGCGCCCGGGACGGCGCAGGGCGCUGCAGCGCGUUCCCGCACGCCACGCGGGCCGCAGAGCCGGGGUCCCACUCGCUCUUCCGCCCGCUGGUAGAUUGCGUGGUUCACAGACGGCCGCAGUGCAAGGAGCAUAGUUUCCUUAGCUUUAUCACGAAGAUACCCACGGAGAUUAUAUCACAUGGUAGCAGAAAUAGGCAUUUUCUGUGUUGCUUAUAUUUUACCUCAGAUUGUAGAUAUAGGGUAACAAAUAAAGUCCAUCCAUGACUUUCA